AGACAGCACCUACUUUGACCUUCCCCAGUCCAGCCGAGGGAGCAGUGAGGCAGUGGGCAGCCAGGAGGCCAGCAUGGAUGUCUUCCACCUGCCGGGCAUGACCUCCUCAGAGAUGGCCCAGUUCAAUUUGCUCAGCAGCGCCAUGGACCAGAUGGGCAGCCGCGCGGCCCCAGCCAGCCCCUACACCCCAGAGCACGCUGCCAGUGCGCCCACCCACUCACCCUACGCACAGCCCAGCUCCACCUUCGACACCAUGUCUCCAGCGCCCGUCAUCCCUUCCAACACUGACUACCCCGGCCCCCACCACUUCGAGGUCACCUUCCAGCAGUCCAGCACAGCCAAGUCAGCCACCUGGACGUACUCCCCACUCCUGAAGAAGUUGUAUUGUCAGAUUGCCAAGACGUGCCCCAUCCAGAUCAAGGUGUCCACACCGCCGCCCCCGGGCACGGCCAUCCGGGCCAUGCCUGUCUACAAGAAGGCCGAGCACGUGACUGACAUCGUCAAGCGCUGCCCCAACCACGAGCUUGGGAGGGACUUCAAUGAAGGACAGUCUGCCCCGGCUAGCCAUCUCAUCCGUGUGGAAGGCAACAACCUCUCCCAGUAUGUGGAUGACCCUGUCACCGGCAGGCAGAGUGUGGUUGUGCCCUAUGAACCCCCACAGGUGGGGACAGAAUUCACCACCAUCCUGUACAACUUCAUGUGUAACAGCAGCUGCGUGGGGGGCAUGAACCGGAGGCCCAUCCUCGUCAUCAUCACCCUGGAGACCCGGGAUGGACAGGUACUGGGCCGCCGGUCUUUCGAGGGCCGCAUCUGUGCCUGUCCUGGCCGUGACCGCAAAGCCGAUGAAGACCACUACCGAGAGCAGCAGGCCCUGAGUGAGAGUGCCACAAAGAAUGGGGCUGCCAGUAAGCGUGCAUUCAAGCAGAGCCCCCCUGCCAUCCCGGCCCUGGGUACCAAUGUGAAGAAGAGGCGACACGGGGAUGAGGACAUGUUCUACAUGCAUGUGCGAGGCCGGGAGAACUUCGAGAUCUUGAUGAAAGUCAAGGAGAGCCUCGAAUUGAUGGAACUUGUGCCACAGCCUCUGGUGGACUCCUACAGACAGCAGCAGCAACAGCAGCUCCUACAGAGGCCGAGUCACCUGCAGCCUCCAUCCUACGGGCCUGUCCUCUCCCCAAUGAACAAGGUACACGGUGGCGUCAACAAACUGCCCUCCGUCAACCAGCUGGUAGGCCAGCCUCCCCCGCACAGCUCAGCCGCUGGGCCCAACCUGGGUCCCAUGGGUUCCGGGAUGCUCAACAGCCACAGCCACAGCCACAGCCACAGCAUGCCAGCCAACGGCGAAAUGAAUGGCAGCCACAGCUCCCAGACCAUGGUUUCGGGAUCCCAUUGCACCCCGCCACCCCCCUACCAUGCGGACCCCAGCCUCGUCAGUUUCUUAACAGGAUUGGGAUGUCCAAACUGCAUCGAAUGUUUCACCUCCCAAGGUUUGCAGAGCAUCUACCACCUGCAGAACCUCACCAUAGAGGACCUUGGGGCCCUGAAGAUCCCUGACCAGUACCGUAUGACCAUCUGGAGGGGCCUGCAGGACCUGAAGCAGAGCCAUGACUGUGGUCAGCCGCUGCUGCGCGCCAGCAGCAACGCAGCCACCAUCUCCAUCGGUGGCUCCGGCGAGCUGCAGCGGCAGAGGGUCAUGGAAGCCGUGCAUUUCCGUGUGCGCCAUACCAUCACGAUCCCCAACCGCGGAGGCCCCGGCGUGGCCGGCCCAGACGAGUGGGCGGACUUUGGCUUUGACCUGCCUGACUGCAAGUCUCGUAAGCAAUCCAUCAAAGAGGAGUUCACGGAGACAGAGAGCCACUGAGGAGCGUGCC